AUGCAGUCGAACCGUGAGUGUGAGCAAUGGUGCGAGAGGGUGAAUCCAGAGAACAAGGCAGCCCUGGAGGCGUGGGUAAGAGAGACUGGCAUCCGCCUGGUGCAGGUCAACGGGCAAAGAAAGUAUGGCGGGCCAUCCCCAGGCUGGGUGGGCAGCCCGCCACCUUCAGGGUCCGAGGUGUUUAUUGGACGACUACCCCAGGACGUUUAUGAGCACCAGCUGAUCCCACUCUUCCAGCGCGUGGGGCGUCUCUACGAGUUCCGCCUAAUGAUGACCUUCAGUGGCUUAAACCGUGGCUUUGCCUGUGCGCGCUACAGCUCACGGCGCGGUGCCCAGGCCGCCAUUGCCACUCUGCACAACCACCAGCUGCGCCCUUCUUGCCAGCUUCUGGUGUGCAGAAGCCCCGAGAAGUGCGAGCUGACAGUAGACGGGCUGCCUCCGAGCUUGAACCGCUGCACGCUACUGCUCGCCCUCCAACCUCUGGGUCCCAGCCUGCAGGAGACAUUGCUGCUACCCAGCCCUGGGUCGGCGCCCUCUCAGAUUGCAUUGCUCAAAUUCAGCACACACCGAGCCGCUGCCAUGGCCAAAAAGGCCCUGGUAGAAGGGCAGUCACGCCUUUGUGGAGAACAGGUGGCUGUCGAGUGGCUCAAGCCAGACCUGAAGCAGCACUUCCGCCAGCAGCUUGCAGGUCCCUCACUGCGACUCCUCAGGCCGGAUGGCAGCCCGCAGAGCAGGGACAGGCUAGGGUUCCAAGGGGCUCGGGCCGCUCUGCAGCUGCUUUGUCAGCGAAUGAAGCUGGGCAGCCCAGUGUUCCUUAUCAAGUGUUUAGGCACAGGGCCUGCUGGCUGGCAGCGCUUUUGGUACCAGGUUGUAAUCCCUGGACCCCCAGUGCCUUUCAGUGGCCUCAUUUGGGUUGUGAUGGCCUCUGAUUGGCAGGAUGGGCAUGAAGUGGCCAAGGAUGCUGUUUCUGCGCAGUUGCUGGAAACACUGAGUGAGUCUAGGACCAGCUUGUGGUCUCCUGGGGCUGAAGCUGGUACCAUGAUUAAGCAGUGACCCCUCUCC